CGAGGAGAAUAAAGGAGCCACCAGGUGGCCAGAGUAUUAUAUUGACCAGCUCAGGUCCAUGGCUGCUAGGAGGACUCUGCUGGCGCUGGAGGACGAGGAAGAGCAGGGGAGACACACUAUCGUAGACGGUCUAAAGACAGCACUGCGAACGCAGCCAAUGAGGUUUGUGACUCGAUUUAUCGACCUGGACGGCCUGUCUUGCAUCCUGAAUUUCCUGAAGUCAAUGGACUACGAGACCAGCAACUCUCAGGUCCACACGUCGCUGAUCGGCUGCAUCAAGGCUCUGAUGAACAACUCUCAGGGUAGAGCUCACGUCCUGGGUCACUGCGAGAGCAUUAACAUCAUCGCACAGAGUCUCACCACGGAAAGCAUCAAAACCAAGGUACACACCCUGUAUUCAGUACCAAAGUAAUGCCAAAAACAAAG